CUGGCGGUUUCUGGGGUUGGGUUGAGUUGGUGGGAGCCACUGGCCCUUGGUGGUGGAGGGAGCGGGGCCGAUCGCGGUGGAGGGACCGCGCUGCCCCACACUUCGCGCCAACAAUAGUCAUAGUGGGGGACCACUGCCCUCCAUGCCCCUCCCCCAACCUGCAAUCCUCGCCUGCGAUACGGGAACCCCCUCCGUCACUCCCCCACAUCAUACCGCCAUUCGCAGCCGCCAGCGUAUAAGUACCACAACCGUUCUGGAUCACUUCCUACACUUCCCCCACAUUUCCUCUCCAUGACAUACCCAUCCUUGCUCACUCCUCUCGCUGACAAGCACCAAGUGCUUGCCGCCUACCAGGGCAAGCACAUUUCGGAGUUGCCUACUCCAUCGGUAGUCAUCGACAGAACCAAGUUCCAGAAGAACUGUGACAGAAUGCUCGAAAACGCCCACAAGUUGAACGCUGGCUUCAGAGCACACAUCAAGACCCACAAGACGCUCGAGGGCACGUUGUUGCAGUUGGGGUCUGGCGCCCACAGAACCCAGCGCUUGGUGGUGUCCACCACCAGAGAAGCCUGGAACAUUCUCCCAUUGGUGGAGCAGGGCUUGGUGUCCGACAUCCUCUUCAGUUUGCCUGUGGUCAAGUCCAGGUUGCCUGAGUUGGCGGAGUUGGCCACGAAGGUGCCUCAGUUGAGACUCAUGCUCGACAACACCCAGCAAUUGGACACUUUGGCUGAGUUCCGCGAAGCCCACCCAGAAACCAAGAAGUGGUCCGUCUAUGUCAAGAUCGACAUGGGCACCAGCAGAGCUGGCCUCAUCAACGACACCAAGUACUUGGACGAAUUACUCGCCAAGCUCUUGAAGGACGACCGCAUCAGACAGCAUGUCGACACCUACGGGUUCUACUGCCACGCAGGCCACUCGUACGCCUCGGACUCCGAGAACAAGGCCAAGGACUUCUUGCUCCAGGAAAUCACCCACGCCAACGCUGCUGCUGCUGCUGCCAUGAAGCUCGACCCAAGCGCCUCCUACCACAUUUCUGUGGGUGCCACUCCUACUGCACACGCCUCCGAGCUGUUGACCACCGAGGAAUUGGCUGAGAAGUUCGAGGGUGGCUUGGCUGGUAAGCUCGAGUUGCACGCUGGUAACUACCCAUGCUGCGAUCUCCAGCAGCUUUCCACCGGCUGCAUUACUGAAGAUAACAUCUCGUUCACCUUGAUCGCAGACGUGCUUUCUACAUACCCUGAGAGAGGAAACAAGGCUCCAGGAGAACAGCUCAUUAACGCCGGUGCCAUUGCGUUGGCAAGAGAAUUUGGCCCUGUUUACGGCCAUGGUAGAAUCAUGGAGCCAAGAGGCUACGAGAACUGGGUGGUUGGCAGACUUUCCCAGGAGCACGGUAUUUUGGUCCCAUUGGAUGAGACAAAGAAGACGGAAUUCUUACCCAUCAACACCCGUGUUAGAGUCAUUCCACAACAUUCCUGUAUCACUGCUGCUGCCCAUCCUUGGUUCUACAUAGUCGACGAAAAGGACGUGGUAGUGGACGUUUGGGUUCCUGCUACAGGCUGGUAG